UUCUACGCGGGAGCCAUGCAUUUGUGGCCAUCGGGAGGGAUUUACAGCCUAAUCGUGAUGAAUCCCCGUGGUGGCACGCGCAGGUCUUCGUAAUUAUGGAAGUCGUUCUAACCCAGAGGGGAGAAAAAAACCACCCUGAUAGGAGGCAUUUUAUCUUCAUCACUGGACCGCUCAAUUCCAAUUAAUUUGACAAGAUUUCCCUCACGCGAAGCGCAAAUCCCUAUUAAAAGACGCAUACUGUAAAUGACAACCCUCUAAACGCUUCGCGUGUCCGAAUGAAAUAGAAGAGGAGAGAAAGGGAACGACAAAAGGUUAAGACGCAGCUUCCCAGUUAUUUCCCGGCAGAGCGCCCUAAGCCACAGUCAUUGGCCCUAAGCCAGCCCCCUCCCGAGUGCGCCUAGUGUUUCUAUAGUCAUUUCUAACCAAUGAUCAGUAGGUGUCCACAUCCUAGCGUCCUCACCUCAGCACCAAUCAGCCACACACAGCGACAGGAGACAGCACGGCGCUAACAGUAGGCAGCCACACACAAUACACCUCGGACCAAGGAGAGGAAACACCUACAACGCACCGUUAUUUCCCCCCCUACAGCGCCGUGGUUUUAUAAUAAUAAACCGGUUUUUUUUAUUAUAAAAGCUCGAUAGGCUAUCGCUUUAAGUUUGCUAUUUUUCUACUUUUUUCUCAUGCCAGGAAAAUAAGUCUGUAAAAAUGCUCCUUUUGUUUUGAGCGCUCUUUUUCAGUGUGGCUGUGCUCUUCCCACAUCCUCGCGUUAUUUUUAUCUCCAUCGCGCCUUGCGGUAAUGUGCCGCUCUGUGUUGGCAGCAGACUGCUAGGCGUCUGGAAUCUCUUCUCGCCAGGAACCUGGUAGUGCUGGAGGAGACAGAAGCAGGAUGGUAACAUAUUGUUGGUGGUAACCAGCAGCUUCUAGUUUGACGAAGGCCACCGUUGACGGCGACCCCGGACUCUUCCCCAGUGAACCCUGCUCAACCGUCCUCCAGCCAUGUCUAAUAUAAACAAUGCUCUCUGCAUUGAGAACGGACAGAACGCAGACGUUUCUCUCUUACAAAAGGAUAACCUUCAGAACCUGCAGAACCUGCAGAACUUGCAGAACCUCCAGGAUGGUGGAUUAAGCCAGCUUUUGGAUUAUAACGCAGAGAUGGAACGGUACCGCUCUUUCGCAAACUUUUACAAAACCAACGGCGCGUUCGGCCAGACGUCCAAGAUCGCCCGCAUCACGACACCCAUUUUCCCCAGUGCCCGGAUAGGCAUGUCCCCGUGGAACUGCGAUAACGCCAUGCUCUGGGGGAGGAAAUCGGCGACAAUAAACCCUAAUAGGACCAGCAUGCACAGGAAUGACUCCCAGAGGCCGGGGAAGCAUGGCGUGCCGCCAGAAACGCUACAGCAAAUGGCAAAUAAUAAUUUCCUCUCUACCUUAUCCCCCGAACACUGCAGACCUUUAGCGGGAGAAUGCAUGAACAAGCUGAAAUGCGGCGCCGGCGAAGCAGAGAUAAUGAAUCUCCAGGAACGUGUCGGAACUUUUUCCGCCAUUCCGGCUUUAGGGGGCAUCUCAUUACCUCCCGGGGUCAUCGUCAUGACAGCCCUUCACUCCCCCGCAGCCUCGGCAGCCGUUACAGACAGUGCGUUUCAAAUUGCCAAUCUGGCAGACUGCCCACAGAAUAAUUCCUCAGCGUCCGGCGGGAACCCGGCGAAGAAGAAAAGGAAGCGGUGCGGGGUGUGCGCGCCCUGCCGGCGGCUAAUCAACUGCGGCGUGUGCAGCAGUUGUCGGAACCGUAAGACGGGCCACCAGAUCUGCAAGUUCAGGAAAUGUGAGGAGCUGAAAAAGAAACCCGGCUCGUCGCUGGAGGUAGGUCCGUGUUUUCCUAGACUGGUCCCUGAUCUGUUGACAAAGACCUUAGGCGUUGGCUAUACAGCCUGGGACCAGAGGACACCAGUCAACAAUGGCGAGGCAUUCCGGUGGUUCUUUUAGAGUGCCCGACCUUAGUGACAUCAACAUGCGGUCAGAGGUCCAGUUUGAACUCUGAUGACAUCACUGCAGGAAGCACUGGGGGUUCAGAGAACCCAAACAACCUCGCAGUUUUUAAACCAAGAGGAAGAAACUCUAAAAAGAUGAAACGAUAAACAUUAUGGUGUUGGUUUAACUCUGUAAUUUCCUUUCCUGUGUAAUUAUUGUACCUUUUGACAGUAUCAUAAUGUCUAUUUUCGGUGUAUAUGAAUGUGUUUCAGUGUCAUUUGGCUGUAAAGUUUACAGUCAAUCUUAUGUAAAGGACUCAAUAGACAAUCAUCACCAAUAAGUCAACAACAAAGAUGGCCGCUGCUGGGAUUGAUCAUGUGAUCGUCACACACAACCUUGGAGCAAUAAUCUUUAAUGUUGAUUAUUCUGCUUGUGUUUUCCCGUUAUUUCCGUUUUCAAAUUAUUAUAUCAAAGCUGAAUAAUUUUUUAUUAAAUAUGUCAUUUUUGUUUAAUGCUUGCAUUUCCUGUUUGUGUGUGUGCCUCUGACUGAGGGAAACUAUAAGGUCCUCUUUGGUAAAUGUGAUGUAUCAUAUAAGUGACACACAAUGCCAGAGAGAACGGCAUUAUUAUUUAGAUGCUUUCAUUUGGGGUUUCUUUCAGUUUUUGUCCAGCACGUUACGAAACAGGGCACAUUGUCUUGUGUAGCGAGUUGUACUUUUUUGGAAAACAAAAAGGAGCAUCGUUGUGUUACAGUUACUGCACAAAGUGGUGGUUGCGAGCCAGACUGCGUUUCUCUGUGGUUUCGAUACGCUUCAAAGAUGGUGUUAUGAUUAGCUUUUUCAUGUAACUGUUUGGCCACCUCCUGGUUUUUAUUUGAAAUACAGAAGGUCAUCUUAUGGGUAACACUAUACUUAAAUCCUGCAGAUAUAAUGCUUAAUUACUUAUAUCCUGCAGGUAUAAUGCUUCAUUGCUUGUUUAUAAGCAGGUAUAAUGCUUUUGCUUGUUAUUAGCAGGUAUAAUGCUUUAUUACUUGUUAUAAGCAUGUAAUAUCCGUUACAAUGUCUUGAGGUUUAUGAUAUAUACUUGCGGACUAAGUAAAGUGUUACCGUUAUUACACCCAAGCUGUCUAAAAGGUCAUUAAUAAUACUAGUAAAGUAAUUCUGAGGUUAAAUUAACAUUAAAAUUGAAUAUUAAGUCAACAGUACAGUUUACAUAUCUGACAACGGUUAUAUACAAUAUAACUGAUAUAUGUUCACUGUGAGUAUGUCUGACUACAGCUAUUCUGGAAGUACGGGACUUUCCAUACCUUUCUCCUGCAGAGACCACAAUAACAAAUGCAGUAGUCUGUUGAGCUGAAGCAAAAAGUGAACACAUUCCAAAAACUACAAAAAUUAUUCAAUAAAUUACUCAUUGUCUUCAAAACCCUAUUGUUGCAUGUGUAAAUGUGUUUUGGUUUUAAAGAUUAACAAGAAUUUGUAUAUUGUUGUUGUGAUGCUUUUAUGUGUUCAAAUAAAAAAAGGACUAAAAAAAAAUAUUUUGAAUGUCGACGAAUAACGCAACAUUUUUAUCCUCACAUUGUACAAUUAAAUAUUGGAUUAUGA